AUGGCUGGUGCCUCGGUAAAGGUGGCGGUGAGAGUCCGGCCUUUUAACUCCAGAGAGAUCAGCCGGGAGAGCAAAUGCAUUAUUCAGAUGUCGGGGAACACAACGACAAUUAUUAAUCCGAAGCAGCCCAAGGAGGCCCCCAAGAGUUUCAACUUUGACUAUUCCUACUGGUCUCACACCACGCCUGCCGACUUCAACUAUGCCUCACAGCAGCAGGUAUACCGGGACAUUGGAGAGGAGAUGCUGGAGCAUGCCUUUGAGGGGUACAAUGUCUGUAUCUUUGCCUAUGGACAGACUGGGGCAGGGAAAUCCUACACCAUGAUGGGCAAACAGGAAAAGGAGCAGCAGGGGAUCAUCCCACAGCUAUGUGAAGAUCUUUUUGCCCGAAUUAAUGACAGUGCAAAUGCCAAUCUCUCGUACUCAGUGGAGGUCAGUUACAUGGAGAUUUACUGUGAACGUGUGCGAGACCUCCUGAACCCCAAGACCAAAGGGAACCUUCGUGUUCGGGAACACCCCAUCCUCGGCCCUUACGUGGAGGACCUCUCCAAACUCGCUGUCACCUCCUUCAAUGACAUUUCAGACCUCAUGGACUCAGGCAACAAGGCCAGAACGGUGGCUGCCACAAACAUGAAUGAGACGAGCAGUCGAUCUCACGCUGUGUUCAACAUCAUCUUCACACAGAAAGCACAUGACUUCACCCCAGAUACAUCCUCUGAAAAGGUCAGUAAAAUCAGUUUGGUCGAUCUUGCUGGAAGUGAAAGAGCAGAUUCCACAGGAGCAAAGGGAACACGAUUAAAGGAAGGUGCAAAUAUCAACAAAUCUCUAACAACCCUGGGCAAAGUCAUCUCGGCAUUGGCGGAUGUGGAUUCUGGAUCAAACAAGAACAAGAAAAAGAAGAAAACUGAUUUCAUCCCAUACAGAGACUCUGUGCUGACAUGGUUACUGCGGGAAAACCUAGGGGGCAAUUCUCGGACAGCCAUGGUGGCAGCCCUUAGUCCAGCUGACAUCAACUACGAUGAGACUCUCAGCACCCUGAGGUACGCUGAUCGUGCUAAACAGAUUCGCUGCAAUGCAGUUAUUAAUGAGGAUCCCAACAACAAGCUGAUCCGAGAGCUGAAGGAUGAAGUGUCCAGAUUGAGAGACCUGCUCUGCACACAGGGACUGGGUGACAUUAUCGAUCGUAAAAGGAUGCCAUUCGGCCCAUCAUACGUGAACGAUUUAGAGAAUAAUAAUCGUAACCGCAGAAUAGCAGCUGUCAAUCAACGAGCUGACAAUUUCUCCACAGUGUCCGGAAUGGUGGCUGGAGUGAGCCCCUCGCCAUCGCUUUCUGCUCUGUCCAGCCGCGCGGGGUCCGUGUCCAGCCUGCACGACCGGCUCAUGAUCGCCCCUGGCAGUGAGGAAGCUAUUGAACGAUUGAAGGAGACAGAGAAGAUAAUUGCCGAGCUGAAUGAAACAUGGGAAGAGAAACUUCGCAGAACAGAAGCCAUUAGGAUGGAGAGAGAGGCUCUCCUUGCAGAGAUGGGUGUUGCCAUGCGUGAAGAUGGUGGUACAUUGGGUGUCUUCUCCCCUAAAAAGACUCCUCACCUGGUGAAUUUGAAUGAGGAUCCACUGAUGUCUGAGUGCCUCUUGUAUUACAUCAAGGAUGGAACCACCAGAGUUGGACGUGAAGAUGCAGAACGGCGGCAGGACAUUGUACUGAGCGGACAUUUCAUUAAAGAAGAGCACUGCAUCUUCCGCAGUGACAUUAAAUCUUUAGGUGAAGUGAUUGUCAUUCUUGAACCAUGUGAAGAUGCAGACACAUAUGUCAAUGGAAAGAAGGUGACUGAACCAACUGUACUUCGAUCAGGAAACCGUAUCAUUAUGGGGAAGAGCCACGUCUUCCGUUUCAAUCACCCUGAACAGGCCCGUCAAGAGCGUGACAAGACACCCUGCGCGGAGACACCAGUGGAGCCUGUGGACUGGGCCUUUGCUCAGCGGGAAUUGCUAGAGAAGCAGGGCAUCGACAUGAAGCAAGAGAUGGAACAAAGGCUUCAGGAGCUAGAAACUCAAUAUCGGAGAGAAAAGGAAGAGGCUGAUUUACUAUUGGAGCAGCAGAGACUGGACUAUGAAAGCAGGCUCGAGGCCUUACAAAGGCAGAUGGAUUCCUGCUUCUACCCAGAGAAUGCACAGGAAGAUGAAGAGCCAGAGGAGGAAGUGCAAUGGACAGAGCAGGAGUUUGAGUUGGCCCUAUGGGCAUUCCGUAAGUGGAAAUGCUACCAAUUUACCUCCUUGCGGGACCUGCUCUGGGGAAACGCCAUCUUCCUGAAAGAGGCCAAUGCGAUCAGUGUAGAGUUGAAGAAAAAGGUACAAUUCCAAUUCGUGCUCCUCACAGACACUUUGUACUCCCCUCUACCUCCUGACCUCAUGCCUCCUGAUGCAGUCAAGGACAGGGAGAAGCGACCAUUUCCACGUACCAUUGUGGCAGUAGAAGUCCAAGACCAGAAGAAUGGAGCGACACAUUACUGGACCCUAGAGAAACUCAGGCAGAGACUGGACUUGAUGCGGGAGAUGUAUGACCGUGCUGCUGAAGUGCCUUCCAGUGUGGUUGAUGACUGUGACAAUGUUAUGACGGGUGGGGAUCCAUUUUACGAUCGCUUCCCAUGGUUCCGGUUGGUUGGAAGUUCCCCUGUCUCUGGCUGUACUAGUUCUCCCAUUUUCAACACUUGCAUGACUGAGCGCAUGGCUGAUCUCACCCCCUCCCCCACCUUCUCGAACCCUGACUCUGACAUCACUGAGCUCGCAGAUGAGCACCAUGAUGGGAAGGAGGAGGAGGAGGAGGAGGAGGAGGAGGAGGAGGAGCUGGACGAUGAAACCUUUCUGGACGAUCCCUUUUCUGACCUGGGGGGAGACGAAGGGUACCAGAUCCACCAUGAUGGCCAGGACCCGUUUUACGACCGCUCACCCUGGUUCAGUUUAGUGGGAAGAGCAUUUGUUUAUCUCAGUAAUCUGCUGUACCCAGUGCCCCUGGUACAUCGCGUGGCAAUAGUCAGUGAGAAGGGAGAAGUCAAAGGAUUUCUACGUGUGGCUGUUCAGGCCAUUUCUGCCGAUGAGGAAGCUCCAGAUUAUGGUUCUGGGGUUCGACAAUCAGGAACAGCCAAGAUUUCCUUUGAUGACCAGCACUUUGAGAAGUUUCAGUCGGAUUGUUGUACAGCUGGAAUGUCUCGCUCUGGUACGUCACAGGAGGAGCUGCGGAUCGUUGAAGGACAGGGUCAAUCGAGUGAUUCAGGCCCCUCAGCCGAUGAGGUCAACAACAAUACCUGUGCAGCCACCCAGGAGGAGCCCGAAAGUCCAGUGAAGUCACCAGUGGACACACAGAUGGAUGGAAUCGUGGAACACCUCAGAAUUGGCAGCAGCUUCACUUUCAGAGUAACAGUUCUACAGGCCUCAAGUAUCUCAGCUGAAUAUGCUGAUAUUUUCUGUCAGUUCAAUUUCAUCCAUCGCCAAGAAGAAGCCUUCUCUACAGAGCCACUGAAAAACACAGGCCGAGGCCCCCCACUUGGCUUUUACCAUGUACAGAAUAUUGCAGUAGAAGUGACCAAAUCCUUCAUCGAGUAUAUUAAGACUCAGCCCAUUGUCUUCGAAGUAUUUGGACAUUAUCAGCAGCACCCAUUUCCACCCCUCUGCAAAGACCUCAUCAGCCCCCUGAGGCCAUCUCGCCGACAGUUCCCUCGUGUGAUGCCCUUAUCUAAACCAGUACCAGCUACCAAGUUAAACACCAUGAACCGACCCACCGCAGGACAGUGCCAGGGCAAGUAUGACUUGCUGGUCUUCUUCGAAAUCUGUGAGCUGGAGGCUACUGGAGAGUAUAUUCCUGCUGUUGUUGACCACAGAGGUGGGAUGCCAUGUCAUGGAACUUUCCUACUGCACCAGGGAAUUCAGAGGCGGAUUACGAUUACCAUUGUCCAUGAAACAGGAAGCGACAUUUGUUGGAAGGAAGUGCGAGAACUGGUUGUUGGUCGGAUCCGGAACACGCCAGAGUCAGAUGAUUCCAUCAUUGAUCCCAACAUCCUGUCCCUGAAUAUUCUAACUGCUGGCUACACACACCCAUCCCUGGAGGAUCGAACCUUUUAUCGAUUUGAAGCAGGCUGGGAUAGCUCCAUGCACAACUCCCUGCUGCUGAACAGAGUGACCCCGUAUGGAGAGAAGAUCUACAUGACGUUGUCAGCGUAUUUGGAGAUGGAGAACUGUACACAGCCUGCAGUCGUCACCAAAGACUUCUGUAUGGUAUUCUACACACGAGAUGCCAGGCUGCCAGCCUCCCGCUCUAUCCGCAAUCUCUUUGGCAGUGGAACCCUCAAAGCUUCGGAGAGUAACCGAGUGACUGGUGUGUACGAGCUGAGCCUGUGCCGAGUGGCAGAUGCUGUAAGCCCAGGCAUGCAACGAAGACGCAGACGGGUCCUCGACACUUCUGUUGCCUAUGUCCGUGGGGAAGAGAAUCUGGCCGGUUGGCGACCUCGAAGCGACAGCCUCAUUCUGGACCACCAAUGGGAAUUGGAGAAACUCAGCUUGUUACAAGAGGUGGAAAAGACUCGACACUACCUGCUACUGCGUGAGAAGUUGGAGAGCACACUGAGGUCAGGCUGCAAUUCGGUCUCCUCGUACACCAGUGAGGACCUUAGUGAAUCCCAAAGCAUCUCCUCAACGUAUAGCCUGCAUUCAACAGGAAGCAACGACAUGCCAACCUCCACCUGCACCACCACUGAACGCCAGAAAGAGUUAGCAGCCAAGUGCCUCCGACUCCUAUCCCACACGUUUAACAGGGAGUACAGUCAUGUCUGUAUCAGUGCCAGCGAGAGCAAGAUAUCUGAGAUGUCCGUCACACUGACAAGAGACACAUCAUUCUCCACCCUGAGCAACACCACACUGCCUCCCUCCUCUACCUGUCCCUCUUUGCUGGAAGGACAGUACAUCUCCUCAGAGCUGAGGACCCCCGAGACCCAAUCUAGAGCAAUCAGUCCUGAUCCUGACUCACUACAAGAAGGUGAACUUAAGAAAUCUCCUGUUGCCAGCAAGGACGAGAAGGGAAGCCCUCGUAUGUUUGUAGCUGACAUCCAAGAGAUUAGAGUGAGUCCGAUUGUGUCAAAGAAAGGGACUCUGCAUUUCCUAGAGCCACAGACCAAUGGCUGGGUGAAGCGCUAUGUCGUUGUGCGGCGCCCCUAUGUCUACAUUUACAACACCGAUAAGGACACAGUGGAACGGGCCAUACUUAACCUGUCAGCCGCUCAGGUGGAGUAUAGUGAGGACCAGCAGGCCAUGCUCAAGACUCCAAACACCUUUGCUGUGUGCACUGAGCAUCGCGGGAUACUGCUGCAAGCCUGCAACGAUAAAGAGAUGCAGGACUGGCUAUACGCUUUCAACCCCCUCCUCGCCGGGUCAAUCAGAUCAAAGCUGUCUAGGAGGAGGAGCAGUCAAAUGAGGAUCUGAUGUGGAUCCUUGAAUCAGCUGGAAUUCCACUCUAACCCAGUGACAUCAGACUGGACUCAUAUGUACAUAGUCAACCCAGCCCUUCCAGCAUUGACGUGAA